AUGCUACCGUCUCCGAGAGAAUAUGAACAGCUACAACGCAUUUUACCAAGAUCAGAAAGAAAUGUAAAUGAACCGUCAUAUUUCUCCCUCAUUCCAACUUCGUCCUCGAAUAUGUCAUCAAGUUCAACUGAUACUUCAUCUGGGUCGUACGAAAAUUAUCAUUCACUCUCUAGUGCUGAAACGCAAGAAUUUCGACCUUACCAACUAUUUAAAUCAUCAUGUGAUACAUCUAUACAUCCUUCCAAGGAUAGGAGUUUCUUUGGAUCUUCAAACCAUUCCAAAGUUUCCAGGCAGAUUUCGCAAACACCAUUUUUGCGUAGUGAUCGACCAACGCCUAGGCGGACAAUUAUACCCGAAACUAUUAAAAAAAACCACUUGGAUCUGUACAAUGAGUUGUUUACCACAAAAGAAAUAGAAAUAACUCCAGAACCACCUACAAUUAGGUCGCUACAAGCACUGAAUAGGUUUCCUGAUUUAAGUUCAGCUCCAAGUUCCACUCCAUAUACAGCAAAUCUAAACAAGUGGGAGUUAGAUAUGGACAAACCCAAUUCACAGAUUUUAAUUUCUUCCAUGAACAAUGACAUUAGUCCUCAUGCAGCAAAACUUGUACCAAAUCAUCUAUCUAAUUCUAAUUGGUUAGAUUUUGAAACACUGGAAUCAUCUUCAGGAACAUUCAGUGAAACCUCAAUUUCUAAUAGAAAUAGUAUUAUGAGCCCCAGUUCAUAUGAAUUUUUACCACCUGUCUCACCUAUUAGACAAUUUGAGAGGAUAAAUCAGGCUGUUAAUUCAUCAGGUACAGUUAGUCAAGGUUCUGCUAUGAGUACUGGUACUGAUAAUAUGGCACGAUCCUCUCCAAUAAGAACUUCAGCAAAGUAUGAGAGACAAAAUCUUGGUGCUGGAUCAUCUUUAGGAACAUUUCGUGAAAGUUCAAUUUCUCCAAAUUGUAAUAUAAAUUACCCGGGUUUCAUGGAAAAUAUGGCACGGGUCUCACCUCUCGACAAUCAAAGAAAUAUUGUACGAUUAAAUCAGGGAUCAUCUUCAGGAAUGUAUGGUGAAAACUCAUUUUCACCAACUAUGAAGAGUCGUGAAAUGCCACAACAUUCACCCAUAAGAAAUCCUAUUAAUUUUGAAGGGCUAAAUUGGGAUGCUAGAUCAUCUUCAGGAAUAUUCAGUGAAACUUCAAUUUCAUCAAUAACAAGCAUCAGCCCUGGCUCUAUUGGAUACAUGCCACGAGUCUCACCUAUAACCAAUCCCAUAAAUUUUGAAAGACUUAAUGAAGAUGCUGUAUCAUUUUCAGGAAUAAAAACUGACAGACUAUGCACAUUUUGUAAGAAAAAUGGUGAACGACAAAAAGUGUACAGCACCCAUACUGUCAAAGUGAAAGUCGGAAACAAGCAGAUAGUUACGUGUCCUGUUCUACGUUCUCAUGUGUGCACUAUGUGUGGAGGAACCGGUGACAAUGCCCAUACAGUGACGUACUGCCCACUAGUAUCUGACUCAAAUAAGAGACGGCCACCAUCCACCACAGUUACCUUGAAGUCUACCCGCAUGAAGAGCAACGGUAAAAAACGUAACAACUAUAAUAAUUAA